GACUACAGACUCAAAUAAAGCUCCUCACACACUUCCUGGAUGAAUCAGAGAAAGAUCACCAUGUCUGCCGCUGAAUGGAAGAAGAGAUGUGAGUCUGAGUGGAGACUGCAGGGCGCUCCGAUGCCCGACAGCCUGGACUGGAAGUCCGUGUGUGACGCCAAACCGCUCGAGAGAAACCUACUGAAGAACCCUGCGCCUCACGGAUUGAAUAAGGACACCCCUCCACCUGAACCUGAUCUGCCUGAAGUGCCAACACGUGGACCUCCACAAUUUCAACCUGAUGGCGACUUCAGUGGCUGGACCACGAGCACGGAAGUCCUCCCCUAUGAUACAAGUGGAAUCCCAGCAGGUGCUGUGGUCUGUGCACUGCCUCAAUACAGCUGGUUCUCCAUGGAGCAGGUUGUGGACCUGAAGGCAGAGGGACUGUGGGAAGAACUGCUGGAUGAUUUUCAGCCUGAAAUUGUCAUUCAAGACUGGUAUGAGGAGAGUCAGCUGCAUGAGUCCAUCUACCAGCUGCAUGUGAAGUUACUGGGUGCAGACAAAAGCACAGUGAUCUCUGAGCACAUCGCCAACCCCAGCGAGGACCUCAGCACUUACUCACACAACUGGAAGGAGGUGUCACAUGUGUUCUCUGGCUAUGGGCCCGGGGUGAGAUAUGUCCACUUCCAGCACCGACUAAAGAACCAGUUCAUGAUGGAGUUCAAUGCCACGCUGUUCACCGGCAGCUCAGUGAUGGUCAGACCAACCAAAACCAGCUCCUAGGCUGAAUACUUACAAGUCUAAUGCAAACAUAGUGGUGACCAACCAGAUUAAGUUUUAGAAUAGUUAUUAGGCUUGAUUUUAAUGCUCUUAUGAACAUUAUUAGUGUGCAACCUUCAUUAAUGGUGAUUGUUGGGGUAUAGAUAUUUAGAUAUUUGUUUUAUUGUUAUAUUUCACUUUAAAGGUAUUUUCAAAAUAAAAGGUGAAAGGGAAUUUAGUUUUGUCUUUCAAGAAGCUAUACACUGCUCUGUGCAUUAAUAAAACGAAAUAUUCUUAUUUCAAA